AUAAGAGCCGGCGGUGACACGGCCACGGCACAGUGCUCGGAGCACGCGACGGGACAGGACGGGACAGAGCGGUGCCGUGAGGAGUCCCCGCACAGCGCACUCCUUCCUGUCGGACCCGGAGCUUUUCCAAGGCGCUAUUCCUGCAGGUGACCUUGAGGCCAGACCACAGUACGUGGUGGCAUGUGGCCUACCCGAGGCUUCUCUUUUGCAGGUGCCCUUCAGGACUUGUUGACUCGGAGCUUUGCUGAAGCAGCUGUCUGAAGGUGCACUUGAGGCCAGACUGUGGCAUGGCAGGCAGAUUCCACAACCCUUUUAAAAUCUUCAGAAGGAAAAAAAAGAAAGGGUCAGAAGCAGCCCCAGCAGAACAGCUUGAGGACCCGGAGCCAUUCCAGCCAAUGCAGAAUGCUGAGUGGCAGAGGCAGGGUGGAGCCAUGGACCGCACACAAGAGCAGGACCCCACCCGUGGCCGCUUCCGCAGAACAGCGCAGAUGUUCCAGAAGUUUGGGGCUGUUCAACAUAGAAAGACUAGCACAGAAACUGAGACCACAGCUGAGUCUGAUGCCAGCACAGAAUCUGAUGUCAGCCCAGACUCACCUGAGUGCUCAGAAGAGUCUGACUCUGCAAGGAGUGAUGACACGGCAGAGGCUGACACGGCAGCGACUGAGGACGUGGGCAUGAAAAUUGCUGACAUUGAAGAGACCCAGGGCAUCACAAAUACUGACACCACUCCCACUCCCACUGUGAUUCAUGCUCCCACUACAGAUUUUUUUGAGGACAGAGGUUUUUCUUCUCAGCAGCAGGUGCCAGCCAUGGUAAAAAACAUUCACCAGAGACUGAUGUCCCAUGUCACUGUGGAAACCAGGCUGCAAAUUGUUAUUCUGAGGCUGGCUGGAGAACACCCUGCUGACGUGGUGCUGACCCUCCUGCGCUGUGCCCCAACGUGUGACAGAGCUGCUUCAAUGAUUUGGAGAGCCAUAGGCACAUCGGGACCUACAGUGGAGAAGGUGCUGCCAACUCUGCUCUGUGUGAUGGAGGACUGGCCUCUGCACAGCAUGUACACCUCGGAUGGAGACAACAAAAAUGUUUUUGCCCUGGCUGCAACUCUGGUGCUCUGGGUGAUGGUCCAGGUGCCUGAAAGCCAGGAGGCAAUGAUCCUUUAUUCCUCCCGACUGUUUGUGGCUCUGCUCUUCCAUGUUGUCAUCACCACACAGCAGAUGCCACCAGAGGAAGUUGAUAACUUCUGGAGAGCGUGCUGGGAGGAACACCGCCUUCCCAGCAAGCCCAACAGGUUUGCACUGCAGACACUGAAGUCCCUGCUCUGCCGACUACAGUGUGACAAUGUGGUGAUAGCCAUGGAGCGCAAGCGUGGCUGGGACACGCUGCUGUGUGCUGAGACCCAGCACUAUGCUGUGGGUCUGCUGGCCAGGGAGAUGCGCCAUGUCUUGAUCCCUUUGUGUUCGCGCAUUGCUCUCCACCUGCUCAGGCUUCUCAGCACACAGGACCCUUACUGGGAUAUGCCUUUCCUGGCAUUCCUUGUGGAGGUCCUCGAGUGCCUGGACUUGACGAAAGAUGGUCGCAGUGUCCUGAAGAUCCUGACAAGGCACCUGCAGAGCAGGUGCACCUGCUGGGACAGGCGUCGCCUGGUGCUCAGAGGCCUUGUGGUGCUCAGCAAAGAUCCCUCACUGGCCAGAAGAAUUUGUAGCCUGUCCCAAAAACUCCUGGAGCUGCUGGGUGAUGCAGAUGGAGAGGUGGUUGGCAUGACCCUCCGUGUGUUCACCAAUGUGCUCCAGAACAAAGACAUCCUGAUAUCCAGCACCACUGCCCCGAAGCUGGCUGAGGCACUCCUGGAGCUCUUUGACAAUGACCACGGCCAUGUGCAGCUGCUCUCCAUUCACCUCUUUUGUAAGGUGAUGGAAUUGGUAGUGGAUGAAGGAAAAAAGUCCCUGAAAAGAAUUGUGAACAAAAGCUUGUACCCACUUUUAAUCUACUGCCAUGAUGAGAACAAGCAGCUGGCGAAGGCCGCUCGGGAAGCGCUGCAUUGUGCGGCCAAGUUCCUGAAGAGGAGGAAUCUCAUGCAGCUGCUGAAGAAAGAGCAGCCGUUGAAGUUCGCCGAGUGCCUGCUGGCAGAGGACAGGAGCCGAGCGGCCGAGCACCUGCGCCAGGCCCUGCCCUACCUGGAGAGCCCACAGGAGCCCCUGCGAGAGGGGGCCAGCAGGUUCAUGGAGAUUGCAAGGCGAUACUUCAGGAGGCAGCAAGGAGAGACCCAGCUCAUCUGCAAGGCUCCUCAAGUCCAGACACAAGAUUCCAGCCCAUCAUGCUCUAACCUGGAAAAUUAAGCCCAGUUUCCCCACAGAGCUAACGAAUUAGAGUCAUCUUCAAGAUCCAGUGAACCAGUGUCCUAAGAACACAUCAAGUGACACUGAAGAGGACACCACCUCUCUGGGCUGCUGGAGCUCCAGGCAGAGCAUGAUUGGCAUGGUUAUUUUGCUUCAAGCCUUCUCCCUGCCUACUCUCUCUCUCCACCUGUCAGACCCUGCCCAUCGCCUUCUUUUUCCCUUCCACUCUCCGACCCUUUUGACAGCUCCCUCCCUCCAGCCCUGAGACCCUCUCCUUUUUUCCCCUCGAGCUCAUCCCUUUGCUUUGCCAUCCAUCAAUAAACAGUUUGACUUCUUCACUUUG